GGUCUCGGGGUUAGCGUAGAUUUUUUUUUCCUUCUUUUUACUACCGUGUGGCUUGAAGUCAGGUUUAUAGGUAACAACAUGACUUAGCAAGUACCGUGAUAUUUAUAUACGUUACAUCAGGACUGCAAACAUUUAUGCUGGGAAAUCUGUUUGUUGUUGGCUGCCAUAAAGUUGGUUUCUCAAAAAGUCAAUUUUAAGGGAAAAUUAAAUCACGAUCAAACGGAUUUACGCUACAAACGGUGGAUGUGGAUACGAUUUGUUAUUGGUAGUUAUCUAGACACCAGGUAGCUGGACUAGAUUGUGGAUUUAAAAAUAUAUUUGCCGUCUCUUCCUGAACAGUUGUAGACUACGUGAACCAGUCAUGAGAUGUUCUAACAGACGUCACUUCAUGCACUCCUAGAGUUUCAAAAUGGCGUUUGCAGGGUUGGUCACCACGUGUCUGGUCAUGUUACUACCCUUCUGGCCAUUGGCUACAUCUCAAGGUUUGUCCAAAGUUUGUUCCAACAAUGAAAACUGCUCAACUGUUGACCGAAAUUCCAUUUGCUUAAACGGAGCCUGCUCCUGCAAGACAGGAUACAUGAUCAAAAAAUUGAACUGCUCCGAGAGAUUGGUGAAUGACACAUGCGUGGAUACUGCCGAUUGUUCUUCUGUCAUCCCCAACAGCGAAUGCCUCAACCAGCGUUGCACUUGCCUGACUGGUUACUCCACCAGGUCGAGUAAAAGAAAAAACUGCUACAAAAAUGAGCUGGAGCAGACAUGCAGAGACGAUUCGGAGUGCUCCGGGAUAGAGCACGCUGAGUGUGUGGAGUCAGGGGGCAGGAAGAAGUGUAUGUGUACUCGAGAGUACGCGCCGAGAGAUGGAAAGUGCGAGGCUAUCAGACUGGGGGAUUUCUGUACACUUGAUGCUCAGUGCUCCCAGUUUCUAAAUGGCACAGUGUGUCGCGCCUCUAGAUGCAGUUGCAGGGAUGGUCACGUGAACGAAACUAUAAAUGAAUGUCGUCCUAGAAGAAUUGGUGACACUUGCAGAAACAGGGGGGAAUGUUCUCAGACGAUCAAAGAAGGGACGUGUCUAGGGGGUGUCUGCAGGUGCAACAAGGGAUACAGGAAUGUAUCCGAAAACGAAUGCGCACAAAAUCUCAUCGGCGACGCAUGCAGUAAACCUGAAGAUUGUCAAACAAUCCUUGGGAGUAAAAAAUGUAUCAAUAAAAUAUGCACGUGCGACACCAGCUCACUCCCGAGUGCUAAUGGCACUGAGUGCAAAACAAAAGUGCUCGGUGAUCCUUGUGAAAGAGACAAUGAAUGCAACAGUACAUUCUCUGCUUGCUUGAACAAGACAUGUUCGUGUAUAUCCACACACAAAUUCAAAGACUUGACUCACUGUCUGCCUAAAACUUUAAACGAUUCGUGCACCUCAGAUAAGGAGUGUCAGUUCAAUGGAUCUAGGAACGUCUGUGGCACUGACAAAGUGUGCCAAUGUCAAGAAGGCUUUAUUCUCCGAAAUGCUACCUGGACAUGCACAAAAGCUUUGAUGCACGAGUUAAAUUGUACGAAUGACGCAUUUUGUAAAAGGUUCUUUAACAACACAGUCUGCGAGCCAGAAUGUUCCAACGUUAAACCUUGUCAGCCCCGCACGUGCCAGUGUGCUGAGCGUUACUUUCGAAAUGCCAUUGGUGAGUGUGAGCACAAUGGUCUCAACUGCCGUCACGAUCAGGAAUGUCUUUUCAUUAAAGGAAGUACAUGCGUCAAUUUUACAUGCACUUGCGACGCCGCCCAUACAUUGUCCAGUGACAACACUUCAUGUGUCCUGAAGAAAGUCGGAGAAAUACCGUGCAAUAGCGACCUCAACUGCGCUUAUCUCAACAGUGUUUGUAAUGCCUCAGUGUGCGCGUGUAAAGUGGGCUAUUACCCGAGCUCUAAUUACGAUGAAUGUUUGCCAAAGAAACUGUCAGACCCUUGCGAUAGCAACGAUGACUGUUUAGUAAACAACGAGUAUUCCUACUGCCCUGACAUCUCUAAUAGUACAUGUCAAUGUUUACCUGGGUAUUCCACCGAGCGGUCGGUCGUGAGCAACAAGGAUAUUUGUGUCAAAAGAGUUCUUGGUCAGCACACAUGUGAGGUUGAGGAAGAUUGCCUGGCGGCCAUUGCCAACAGUACUUGCGAUUCACCCUGUAGUGGUGCAACCAGCCCUACCUACCUAACCCUAACCCCACCAUCAAGUGAUACAGACCUCUGCUCGAGAACGUGUCUUUGUCAGCGCGGAUUCAGUCAGAAUGGCACGCAAUGCCGACCAAUCACACUACAUACCAGGUGUACUGACUCCAGUGACUGCCUUGUCCAUGUUUCCAGCUCGCGGUGCGGGCCUGGCAUAUGUGUGUGUCAACCUGGUUACAAAGCCAGAAACCCGAUAUUGUGCCAGAAAUACGCUUUGGGGGAUCAAUGUAGAACUAAUGAAGAUUGUCACAUGGCAGUCAGUGACAGCGAGUGUAUUGAUAGUCUCAAUAAUAGUAAGAACGUUUGUACGUGUAAACAAACACAUCUGCCAGAUAUCAGCAACACAGUGUGCAAUGUGAAACUAAUUGGAGGUCUCUCGUGUGUUACACAUCAAAACUGUAUCCCCAACAGUUUUUGUAACGAUUCCCUUUGCACUUGCAAUGUGGGCUAUUUCCCAAACUCCAAUUUUGAUGAAUGUUUGCCGAAGAAAUUGUCAGACCCUUGCGAUACCAGCGAUGACUGUUUAGUCAACAACGAGUAUUCCUACUGCCCUGACAGCUCUACCAGGACAUGCCAAUGUUUACCUGGGUAUUCCACCGAGCUGUCGGCCGAGAGGAAGAAACAGAUUUGUGUUCAAAGAGUUCUUGGGAAUCAUACUUGUCAAGUUCAGGAGGACUGUCUGGCGGCCAUUUCCAACAGCAGAUGUGGCUCUUGCAGUGACGCACCUAACGGAAGUGACUGUGAGCGAAGAAUGUGUCGCAGCACAGUGGCACCCCAGGUCACAACCAGCGCCAUUACGACAUUGAUUGAUGGACAUUGCUCUGACAGAACUUGUCUUUGCCAGUAUGGCUUUGUUGUCGUGUCCAAUGGAACAGAGAAAUGGUGUCGACCAAUGAAACUCAACGACCAAUGUCAUCAAGACAAUGAAUGCCGCGUACAUGUCCCAGGAUCGCAGUGCCGGAGAAACUACUGUCAAUGCCAGGGAGGUCAUCGUGCCCUCAACUCAACGUUUUGCCAGAAAUUUGCUAUUGGAGACCAGUGCUUAUUGCCUGAGAACUGUAGAGAGGCUGUCAACAACAGUGAUUGUUUGACUAAUGAUACUACCAAUCAAAAAUCAUGUACCUGCCUGUCAGGUUACCAUGGAAUCAAGGGUUCCCGCGAAUGCAAGAGGCGCCAGAUCGGCGAUACCACUUGCAGACUUGACGCAGACUGCAGCGACUCAGUGAACAACAGCGUGUGCAAAAACAACACCUGCGUCUGUCUCGCCGGCCAUCGUCCAGACCACACCCUGUUUGAAUGUCUCAAAAUGAAACUCGGCUCCUUUUGCAACCGCGCCAUCGACUGCUCCGCCGCCGUGGGCAACAGCACAUGUAAUGGAAACUUUUGCGCUUGUAUGCCAGGAUUCAGGCAGGUGGGCGAAGAGAUCUGUCUCCAGAGAAGAAUAGAAGCCGACUGCAGAAAUACCGAAGAUUGCAGUGCUGCCGUGGACAACAGCGACUGCGUUCGAGGAGAAUGUAGAUGUUUACCAGGCUAUUACGAUGACGGCGACAACACGUUGUGCACUAGGAGACAGAUUCAUUCUUUUUGUCUAAGUUCGAUUGACUGUAGAGAGGCUGUUGUCAAUAGCGACUGCAUAAAUGAAACAUGCGCGUGCAACAUUGGCUACUAUAGCUUAGACAAUAGAACUUGUCUAGCAAGGAAACUGUUCCAUUCCUGCUUGUCCAAUGAAGACUGUUGGACUGUCGGAAACAGCCAAUGUGAAUCCAACAAGUGCUCGUGUUCAACGGAAUAUGAAGCACUGAGCGACAAUCAAACGUGUGUCAAAGUGCCCACCUCCAUCGGGUCCAUCUGCUACAAUAUCGAGCAGUGCCGUAGGAUAGAUGCCUCUAGUACAUGCCAGCCAGGAGAUGGUAACGAAAGCAAGUGUGUCUGUCCAGAACUUUCCAGUUUCAACAAGAAAACUUGCAUUGCAUUUCCAAGAAAGUUAGGUGACGCUUGUGAUGAAGAUAGCAGCUGCACCAAGCAGAUGAUGAAUACUAAAUGUCACACUGCCAACUACACCUGUCAGUGUCUCAAUGGUCAUAUUCCAUUUAUCAACAACACUGGAUGUCAUAAAGCCCCAAGUAAACUUGGCGACUACUGUCUAACCGAGAGGGAUUGUUUAAGAUUUGUGGGAAUGUCCACAUGUGACGUCUCCAACAAUACGUGUGUUUGUAAAUAUGGGUACUACCAGAGGACGCCAACCUAUUGUCUCGAGAGAAAACGCCUACCGGUGUAUAAGGCAGUAGAGCUGGCGCCACCUAUCGGUUGCAACAAGGACAAGUGUGAGGCGUGGAAUAACAGUUUGUGUGAGAGAGUGAACAACGUGUCAGUGUGUCGAUGUGACUUCAGACACGCUCGGAGGCUGGACGAGCUCACUUGCAUCCCUGUGCAAACUUAUGUGAUAACUCUCCAUAUUGUCAAAGAAGCUGGCAAAUAUGAUUACAUCCCUUUGAUGUAUAAUGAAACUCGAACCAGUGAACUAGCACAGAGAGUAACUCUGGGAGGUAUUCAGCACAUAUUUAUCAACUCUGUGUUUUCUGAUCGCUAUGUGUCCAGCGAUGCUGUCAACAUCACAAAUGCUGGGAAAGAUGAUUCUGAUACUGCAAAUGGUAUUAGAGUCAGCAUUCUACUUCAUUUGACAGCUUACUACCUGAAUGCUACAAGAGUGAAAGAUAUUUCUGAAGUACUUUUACAGAGUAUUACAAGAUCUGAUGGAAAACUUGGAGAAAGUUUACUUGAAGUACAUUUACCUUCUAACAGUAUUCUAGUAGCAGAUUUAGAUGAAUGUGCAAUACAAGAAAGAAAUGAUUGCUCACCAAAUGCUAAUUGUCUGAAUACACUCGGUAGUUUUAUAUGUGUCUGUAAACCUAAAUAUGAUGACGAGUCAGCGAACAAGAGUCUUAGACGAGGAAGAAUUUGUGUAGCCAGUAAAAUUGGUGAUGAUGGGCAACAUAGUGAAGUGUGCUCAUCUGAUAAAUGUGAGACUAAUUGGGAAUAUGUAGCUCUGGCCUUAGUUAUAUUUCUGCUAUUUGUCUUCACAUUUAUCACUUAUGAAAUCAUUCAAAGGAAGCAAGAUUUCUCAGCCAGAAAGCUAUAUGAAAAAUUUGGAACAACAAAGAUUCGCAAGUUAAGACAAGCAAGCAUGAGAAGGUUACAAGCAAGUAAACGUAAAAAACAGGAAGAAAAAAAACUAAAAAAAGAAUCGAAUAAAAAAAGAAAAGAAGAAAUGAAAGCUUCAAAAACUGAAGAGAAAAAAGUGAAAAAGGAAUCAAAGAAAAAAAAGAAAUCUGGGAAGAAAAUAGAGGAACAAACAGAGGCUAAAGAUCCUACAGAAGAUCAGACUGUUGAGAUUGUUUAUCCACCAUCAUUACCAUUUGCUGAAGAUGAAAUUGUUGACAUAGAGGAUUAUAAUUUGCCUGGUAGUGUCAAUACUAGUUCAGAAGAUAGGCCUUGCAAGAAAUUUGUUUCUCAAAUUGAAGAAUCACCUGUGUAAAUAAGUAAUGCACAGCUCAUCAUAUGGAUCAUCUGAUCAAUAAAAUACCACAUAUCUAGGCACUUAUCAUAGUACCAUUAUGAUGUAAAAUCCAUUUAUUAUAGUAAAAUUAUAUAUUUCAACAGUGGAUUUAAGAAAAAAAAAUGUAAUUAAUUUUUUUUUCCAUAAAUAUUCCUUUGGAAAAGAAUUAGACAUUAUUUGAUUGCUGCUUUUUGUUAAAUUUAUUUGAAAUAGUUUCCCUUUCUUAUUUGUAUCACUUUCAUCAGGUUCUAAAUGUGUUUGAUAAAUGUUAUGAAAAUGAUAAAUGCGCUUAGUAUUUUUUCACAAUAAUAGUUAUUUCCAUAGGAGAUUUGACUGUAGGACUUUUUUUUUCUAGAUCAAAUAUUUGUAACUUAUCUGAUAUGACAAUGUAAUUAUGAAAAUGGCUAAACACAUAACUGGUUCAAUAUACACACACAUGGCCAUUGUGUUGUGUCAGCUUUAACACAUUGAAUGAGCAAUUAGUUAAUAAACAUGAAUUAAGCAGCACUUCUGAGAUUCUCACCUUAACCUAUUCCUUAGUCUGUUUGACCAUUGGGGCGCCAGACAUGAUCUAUCGGCCAUCUUUUUCCAUUCCUCUUUUUUUGCUUUCACUAUAAUCGCUUUUGAUUUUGUCUUCCCAUUGCUUUCUUUAGCACUUAUUUUUCCUGGUACUGUUCCCUGCAGGAAGAUCUGUGGUUAGAAGGCAUGAUUGCCAUCGUGAUCCCAUUUUGAAUUUCCUCAUUUUUGAAGUGGUCUUUGCA